AUGAUUCUUUCGGUAAAGAUGAAGAAAGUUUCUAUUAAGAAUUAUUAUGACAUUCGUCUUCGCGCUCGAUAUGAAAUUAACUUACCGCUUUUUGUUCUUUUAAUUCCUGCACAUCUGACCAUGGCUGAUCAAGUGAAUGAAUUUAAAUUGAAAAAUCCUCCAACAGAUGGCAUUUCAGCUGUUAAGUUUGGUCCUAAUUCUAACCAGUUUCUUCUUGUAUCCUCAUGGGAUACAACUGUACGACUUUAUGAUGUGCUCAGUAACACUAUGAGAAUGAUGUACAAUCAUUCCAGUCCUGUACUCGAUUGUUGUUUUCAUGAUUCUGUACAUGCUUAUAGCGGUGGAAUUGAUGACACAUUGAAAAUGUAUGAUUUUAAUGCUAGUGCAGAGACUACUGUUGGCAAACAUGAUGCUCCAAUACGUUGUGUAGAAUAUUGCCCAAGUGUGAAUGUUGUUAUCACUGGUAGUUGGGAUCAAAGUGUAAAGCUGUGGGAUCCUCGUUCCCCCUGCAGUCCUGGAGGCCUGGCUCAACCAGAUAAAGUUUAUACUCUAGCAGUGUGUGGGGAUCGUCUUGUAGUUGGGACAGCAGGGAGAAGAGUGCUUGUUUGGGAUUUGCGUAACAUUGGUUAUGUCCAACAAAGAAGAGAAUCCAGCCUUAAGUUUCAGACUCGCUGCAUCAGGUGCUUCCCAAAUAAACAAGGAUAUGUUCUUAGUUCCAUCGAAGGUCGUGUUGCUGUUGAAUAUCUUGAUCCAAGCCCAGAAGUUCAGAAACGAAAAUAUGCCUUCAAAUGUCACAGAAUUAAGGAGAAUGGUGUUGAGAAAAUAUUCCCCGUGAAUUCUAUUGCAUUCCACAACACACACAAUACAUUUGCUACAGGUGGUUCUGAUGGAUUUGUUAACAUUUGGGAUGGAUUCAACAAAAAGAGGCUUUGUCAAUUUCACAAGUAUCCUACCAGUAUUUCUUCUCUGGCUUUCAGUCAUGAUGGCAGUACUUUGGCUAUUGCAUCUUCAUACAUGUACGAGUUUGAUGAAAUGAAAGAGGUUCCAGAAGAUGCUGUUUUUAUCCGAAAUGUUACUGACCAAGAAACCAAACCCAAAUCAUAA